AUGGAACCAAAAUUACAAACGUUACCGCAAUACUUUAAGACGGAAACCUCACCAAUGAUUCAACAUUCGGCAUUUCCACCGUUUAAAAUCGAGCAUAGAUACAGAGGAGUUUAUGAGAGGGCAGGGUUUGAUGUUAAUUUGAAAGGGGAUUCACCGACAUCGGAGAUGAGAUCCAUGAAAUCUCCUACGAUGCUGAGAUUUCCUCAGUCUUCGAAUGGGGUGAAGUCUUCUAAUUCUAGUGCACAUUCUGUUGGUGGUUCAAUGAAAAAUGACUAUGUGGUUCCUGGUUCAGCGAAAACAACCAAAUCGUUUGGCGAGCUUCAAAAGCGGACACCAUACCCUGUUUAUGAAAAUAGAGCACAUUCUGAAUCAGAACCAAACACCAGCAAUCUCUCACCCGUAUCUCCUGAUGGAAAAUCUCCAUCAUCCAUCAGGUUUCACGAGGUGCCCCAAAAUGCUAGAUCUGUAAAUCCUGAAAUCCCGGUGGUCCAAAUUCAACAUUGUGAUACAGCAGAGAAUACAGAAUUGCCACCGCCUAGUAAUAAUGGCUUUACAUUUAUGCCUUCAUCGACUCAAAAUAAAAACCUAAAGAAUUUAUCACUUAAUUUGAAUGAUUCGCAGUCCAGCAAAAAUGAUAAUUCACAGGUUAACGAAAAUGACGACGAUUCAAUUGAGACCGAGUCCUACGAUACUACUAGUGAAACAUCUUUUAAUAAUCACUAUAAUCAGAUCAAUGAUGUCGGGUCUAAGCGUUCAAGUCAGUCAAGUAUAAAGACUACUGAAUUAAUAACCUCUUCACUGAUGCAGCCGGGUUAUGGGUUACCAUCACCACCUCCAACCUCGAAAAGUUCUGAAUUGCAAACUGACGACUCCUUGAUUAAGAAGCAAAGAUUAUCCUCAGCUUUAAAUGAGUUUAGGAAAGACAUUGAAGAUCAUAAAAAUUACGUACCAAAAACUCCAUCAGUACCAAAUACCCCAACGUUUGGAGAAGCGCCUCAAUUACCAACGUCAUUACCACCAAAUAAGGCAUUUGGCCAAAUUGAUGUUACUCAAAAUUCAAGUAGAUUCUCGUACAAUCAGAAUUAUGUGAAUAGCGCUAAUGAUGUUUCAUUGACGAAGAAUAUAUCCCUGGACCAGAAUAUUGAUCCAUCCAAUCAGUUUCAAGAUUUUAGAAAUCAACAACUAGCUGCAGAUACUCAAUUAAAUGAUGAAUAUCAAAAUUUCUUACAAUCAGGCAACAAAAGUCAACCUAGAGCAAGUCAAGUAUCUAUGGUCAGCUCAAUUUUAUCUAAAGAUUCAGAUUACGAAAUGGAUGGUGGUGCCGACGAAGAAAUGGAACGCCAGUUACAUGCUUUGAAAAUGGGUGAAAACUACGACGACAGUACAGUAAAUGAAGCUGUUAGCAGUGACAUACAACACCAGAAAGCAGAUUCGAAUGACAAUAUAGAUAUUUCUUCAUCUUGGGAUACUAUUCCAAAGCGAAAGUCUAAUGUCAUAACAGCAGCUAUUCCUACAAUCAAUAUUCAAAACAUAGAUGAGGAUGAUUCCCCAGUAAGUGCUAACAAUUCUUUUGAAAAUAAUGACACUCAAGAUUGUACAUGGGAAUCAAUAAAGCCAUUAUCAAUAAAUAAUUCUGAAAAAGAGCAGUCAAAUGGAGCUUCUCAUAAUGGAGUUAUUGAAAAAGAAAUUAAUGUUGAUGAUUCUAAUGAUGGUAUUGAAGUGAAACCUUUAUCACCCAAGAACCACCUUGUGGAAGAAGAGUUGAGAGAUAUGAAUUUUGCAGUGCAGGAAGUACCAAAUUCUGGUCAAAAGAAUUACAAUAACGAGAGAGAAAUUCAAGACCAUUCUUUCAAAUAUCCAUCUGGUAAAGGUCCAUGCCGUGUAUGUCAAAAAGAAAUAUCUCCGAUUAGUAAAGGACCUCAAAAAUCUGUUUUUUCUAAGACUGGAGAGUUGUCUGGUCAAUGGCACAGAUCAUGUUUUACAUGUGCCUAUGCUGGAUGUACAGUCAAAUUCAGUAAAUCUAUACAAUGUUAUGUUUAUGAUGAUAAUGCAUUUUGCCAUAACCAUUAUCACGAAUUGAACGAUACAUUGUGUCAAUACUGUUCAAAAGGAAUUGAAGGGGAAUGUGUCGAGAAUGAAUUAUAUCAAAAGUGGCAUUUGCAUUGUUUAACAUGUCAUCAAUGUAAAUGUCAAAUAAAUAAGGAUUAUUAUUUAAUUAAUGGGGCAUGCUAUUGUGAAGAAGAUGCCUUGAAAAUCAUUAAAGGAGGCAGCUCAUACGAAGAUCUGAGCGGCAACUUGAAAACAGGUGGAUUAACGACAUCGGACAAGGUGGAGAAAAGGAGAACACGGAUUAUGUAUGUAGAAUAA